AUGGCGUCCGCUGCUUUGCUCCAGUCAUGCUCGUCCCUUCGCACUCCUUUUCUCCUAAAAAACAGUCAGAAAUCUCUCAGCGCCGACAUAAGACCAAGGUUGAUACCUCGAGAAACCGUCAGGAGCAACCAUCCAGGGGAGUUGCUUGUUGAGGGCCUAGCUCGUGCAGAGAGGGAUUUACCGUGCAGAUUAGUCCGCGGAUCGCGCUCGUCCGUACGAUGCGCGGCUGCCGGCGAGGGCGAGAAGCCGAGCUCGUUCGCGAAGCAGUGGAGCCGCACGGGCGGCAGCAGCAGCAGCAGCAGCAGCGAGAGCGCGAUUUCCGGCGCUGCGCGACGGAUUGCGGAGAAGGGCGGGCGGGGUGAGAGCAGGCCUUCGGGGGGGAAGAAUAAGCGGGGCGGCGGUAAGCCUGCGCGCGGGAGGGCAAGCGGGGACGCGCAGCAGGCGGGGGAGAACGGGGAUGGCGCAGGAGCGGAGGGGGAAGCGCGCGAGGGCGGCGGGAGCGGAAGGCGCGAGCGGCAGAAGCGCAGCCACGUCGUGCUGGAGCCCGCGGAAUUCCCGGAGCCAAUGAGUCGCGACCCGCACGUGGCGAUUCUGGGCGGCGGCAUGGCGGGGCUGAUGUGCGCGCUGGGGCUGGCGGAGCGCGGCAUCCGCAGCACCGUUUUUGAUACUGGCAAGCACGGGUUGGGCGGGCGGAUGGCCACUCGGGAGGUGGAAGUUGCUGGGAAGCUGCACCUAUUUGACCACGCAGCACAGUUCUUCACCGUUACAGAUUCACACUUCCAAUCAUACGUCAACAGGUGGCUCAAGGAAGAUGCGCUGCGGGUGUGGGAAGAGGGGCGCAUAGGCACGCUGCAGGCAGGGGGGGCAUUCUCGGAGCUGCCAACCCCUGGUGGUGGUGGCAGCAAUGGUGGUGAAGAGGCGAGGAGGCUCAUCAGCCCCCGUGGCAUGAGGGCAUUCUGCGAGCACGUGAUUGCGGACAAGGUCAGAGAGGGCGUGGUGGGGGUGGAGCGGCCUGUGUGGAUAGGGAAGAUGAGGGCGAGAGGGGGAAAGUGGGUGGUGGAGGAAACAGGGCGCAAGGCAGGGGAGUUUGACUUUGUCGGCGUGUUCGUCUUGCAGUGCAUGCUGUUAUGUUAUGCCCUUGUAUCAGGAUCAGACCCCCCUUGUGACACGAGGAAAGGCGAGCCGCGAGCACACAGAGACCCUCGUCUGACAAGGGCGAUGGAGCUAAUGGGCCUCUCUCAUGACCCCCGUCUAAUGGGCCUCUCUCAUGACCCCCGUCUAAUGGGCCUCUCUCAUGACCCCCGUCUAAUGGGCCUCUCUCAUGACCCCCAUCUAAUGGGCCUCUCUCAUGACCUCCCCCCCCCCCGAAACCCUCUUUUCACCACUUCCCCACUGCUCCUCAUCGCUCGUCCCCUCAGCUCUCUUCCCCUCAUCAUUUUUCCCCUCAUCGCUCUUCCCCUCAUCGCAUCUCAUCUUUUCUGUUGCUCCUUCCAGGAAACUCCAUCUGGGCAUCCCUCAUCGCAUUCGAGACCGCCUACCUCCUCUCCCCCUUCUGAUAUCUUCCAACCGCCUCCCCUCUUCACCACCUUACAGCGCCUCGAGCUGAGCUCCAUCUGGGCGUCCCUCAUCGCAUUCGAGACGCCUCUGCUGGCCAAUGGCAGUGCGCCACGUGGCCACUUCGAUGCCGCCUUCGUGGAGGGCGUGCCAGCUGUCGCGUGGAUGUGCAACAACACUGCCAAGCUGGGGGAAAAGGCGGGGGCGGGGAGAGGGGACGGCGGGGAGGGAUCGGGUGCGGUGCGGAGGGGUGAAGCGGGCGUGGAGUGCUGGACGGUGUUCAGCAGUGCGGCGUAUGGCAAGCGCAACAAAGUGCCCCAGGAAAACAUCCCUCUGGCGAGGGCAGCGCGGGUGAAGGAGGAGAUGCUGGAGGGCGUGGCAGUGGCGCUCGGGCGACCCAAGGACUCGCUGCCUGCUGUUCUCUUCCACAAGAUCCAGCUCUGGGGAGCGGCACUGCCACUGAACGCGCCAACAACAGCAGCAGGCGGCGGCGUGGAGUGCAUAAUGGACGCCUCUACUCGCGUGGGGCUGUGUGGCGAUUGGCUGCUCGCUCCUUCCAUCCAGGCUGCUGCAGUCAGUGGGCUUGCCAUGGCCGAUAAGAUUGCAGCAUUCCACGAGGAUGCAGCGGUCAGCGACCCAUUGCUCUUCUCGGUGGGCCUGGAUGCGUCCUUUGCAGCGGUGCCCGAAGCGCACGACAUCGGUGCUUUCCCCGAUGCCACGCCUGAUGCUGCUGAGUCGAAUGGCAGGACACGUGAUAUUGAUGCAGCACAGGGGGCUCAAGUGGCUUCAUGA